UUUUUUAUGUCAGUUGAAGGUUUCUGCUUUCUGCAAGUGCAAAUCGUUUUCUUUUUCGUAAUCUGAUAUUACUGAAUUUCAAUUUAACUAACCGAUUCCAUAACCAUGAAUGACCCUAACCUGUAUGGUUACCCUCAAGGAGAGGCGCCAGAGUCGCCACAGCCGCGAGGGCCGGGAAUGGCCGGCUACAAGUUCUCUGCUGAUGAACUGAGGGUGCUAAAAGAAUGCAACAACGAGAGUUUCUUCCAGCGGUCGCUGCCGCUUGGCACUGCGAUGGGCCUGUUCACUUAUAGCGCGGUCCAAAAAGGUAUGCUUAAGCCGAAUGCUCGUUUUGGACCGGCACCUAAAAUUACACUAGCCGUGGUGGUCGGCUACUUCUUGGGAAAGUUGUCAUACCAGGAGGCGUGUGCUCAGAAGCUGAUGGCUCUCCCGGGGAGCUAUAUUGGUCAACUGAUUCGAGACAAGAAGGAAGGCAGAGGAGGGGGCUACAGUUCCCAGCGUCCAACACAGCGGCCGAUAUCUCCGGGUAACAUGCUUGGGGCUGGUCCUAAUGACAUCUAUUCGGAUGCUGGACCUGGCAACUCUCUUGACCUGGACACAGAGCGGCCGUUCUUCUCCGGAGAUGAAUCAUACAGGCCACACGACCAGGAGAGCAUGGGCCGUGACAAAGACGGGCCUCUGCCUCCAAAAGUUGGUGGUGGUGGUUUCAGCUACGAUGAGCUUCGGCGCAAAAACCGUGGCGAGUAUACCGAAGCCAGGCAGGACCCUUACAGGUUGGAUCCCAACGCGGUCCCACCGAUCAGCCGGCCGCGGCAGCCUCCACCCCCCAGCGCCAAGCCCACCAAUCAGUACGGAGACACUAUGGAGUAAACCUGCUCUAACUAUAGCUAUAACUAUGUAGGACUUGCAUAGCAUUAGGCUAUGUGUACCUACAGAUAUCCCCAAAUGACCAUUGGUUGGUAAAUACUAUACUGAGGGAUAAUUUUAUUAGUAAAUCAAGAACUUUAUGAAGCUAAAAUAAUUGCGUUAUUUUGCAGUGAAAUGUCUCUGUUCUGCAUUAGGCAUCAUAAUUAUUAUAUACUUGUUGCUGUUUGUAACAUAAUAUUAUAACAUUAAUCAUUAUAACAUGUUGUAUUAUAAAUGGCUAAAAGAAUGAAUAGAUAAGAAAGUUGUUGUCAAUAUAA